UCGCGUUUUUCUCUCAAAACAACGAUUAAAUUAGUGGUUUAGUUUUGAACUAAUUAAAUUUCAUUACUCUAAUUAAUAGUAAUCGCAGCUGAUUGUAUCAUAAUUGAAAUACUGACAUUUUUUGCCUAAUUUCUGUUUUGAACUGAUUUGGCUUCUAAUCAAACUAAACUGUAAAAAACUCCAAAUUAAAAAAACGAAACUAAAUCUUUUGUUUUUUUAGUAUUUUUUUUCCCGUAAAACAACUACCUAAUAGUUCCUAGCAGAAAAAUUCGCUAAUGUCGGCCAGUCAGUUGAGGCUUUUAAAUAAUGAGGAGGGCAACGAAGUUGAUGAUAGGGAUGAAUAUCAAAUGGAGUUCGAUAGGUUGCCACUGAGUACGAAGUAUUCAGAAAUCGCCACGAUGAUUCAAAGAUCAGUUCGUUGUUUUUCACUAUUCUUAGAUCAGAUCACAUGGGCCGUGCUGCCGCCGUGGAGAAUAGCCAAUCAGAUGGUCCUAGAGAUGGGCAAGAAGGUCCACGCACUGAAAGUUGACCAAGUCGAAAUGGCCUUUCUCUGCGCCAUUUUCCUCUUUGACAAAAGUAACUACUAUGAGUACAAAGAGCUGUUUCUAGAUGCUCUGGCCUGGUUCAUCCAAAGUAAACGAAUGAUUCACAUGUAG